AUGCACUGCGUUGUAGCUUUAAUAUUUGUCAUUAUGUUCGAGUGGAUGAGUCUGAGUGUGGCCUUUGGGUUGCUCACUCUGUUGCUCGUAGGAAGUUACUCUUUGUACUCCGGAAUCUUGUCAGAUAUUAUCAUAAUUACUGGCUGUCCUCCUAUUAAAAAUGUUACAUUUGGCUACAAGUUUAAAGAAGGACCAUAUAAAAACUGCGAAGAACUGUUUAAAGAUAAAGAUAAAUCGUUCUUCCAACUCAUGUGGUGUGUUUUCACGCAUGUGCCUGGAACUCAGUGCCGCUGUGCUGUUGGCAGUAUUGUGAGUGAGGCGGAGAACAAGGCCGACAAGGAGCUUCUGAAGCGCUACGAGACAUCAGGCUUUAAAGUUUUUUCCUUUCCUGAAGUCACGCACGCGGUCACUACCUCCUUCCCCCACCGGACCAUUUUCUCUCUUCUCCUGGGAAUAAAAAGAGUCUAUCCACGGCUAGAAAGCUACAUUAAGGAGAGAAAGCUGUGUGCGCACCCAUUCCUCGAGAUCUACGGUGGCGAUCUGAUCCACUUCAUGGCUCCAUUGGCCCAGCAGGAAGACUUCUAUGUUCCUGAAGUCCGUCUAGCAGAAAAGCUUUCAGAACAAGAAAAAUUCAAGUCUAACAGGGAAAUCUCAGUUCAGUAG